GGUCGGUAUCUUCAGUUCAAUGGUGGAAGAAGCAGACUACAGCGAUCUCGCUUGUCUACAAAACACAUCAAAAUUGAAGAUCCCAAUCUUUGAAGACCACAAUGACAAAGAAGGAGCACAACGACCGGAUGAAGAAGCCUAGAAGGCGAUCUCAGAUCUCAUCUUCUUGGUGGGAUGUUGUACUGCAGUAUGACCAGGACUGGACCAGGAGAUGGGGUGUGUGUGCCACCAAGGACUCGACCUCAGGAUGGCUUCGUCCAGUCAUGAAGGGUCUAGAGAUCUCAGGACAUGGUCUAGUGUGGUUCACCAUUCCAUUAGCGAUUCUUUACCAGUCAUACCUCUCCAAGAAUACAGUGGUCUUUAAUCCUACAGCAAACCUCAUCCUUGGAUUGCUGCUUGACUUGCUCGUCAAUUUCAUCCUUAAAGGAACAGUACGGCGCCAGCGCCCAGCAGUGAACAAGCCAGACAUGCUCCUGACCGUCUCCGUCGAUAACUUCUCCUUCCCAUCGGGUCAUUGCACGAGGGCAGCAUUCGUGUUUUAUUUCUUCAUAACCACAUUCUCGUUACCGUUUCUCAUACAGUUUCUCCUUCUUCUAUGGAUGACCUCUGUUUGCGUCUCGCGUGUGCUUCUUGGUCGGCAUUACUGGAUAGAUGUUAUAUGUGGGACUAUCAUUGGACUACUUCAGGGUUUUGUUAUACAAAGAAAUUGGAAAACGUGGGACCUCAAUGAUGCUUUAUGAUAUUCGGCCUUGAUGGUAUCUGUUAAAAAAUAUUGCCAUGAUUAAAAAGUACAGUUUAGUGUUAUCUCUUAUGAAUGCUCAUUCAGACAAGCUUUCACAAAUUGAAUCUGCUAUUUAAGUAUGAUCACGCUUAUUCUUCUGAUUAAAAUCUUAAUCCAGAUUUUUUUCCCUGAAUGAUCUUUAUGUUUGUUUCAUUGCAGGGAAUAGGAUGUGUGUUUUUUAAAGAAACAUCGAGGAUAAGUUGUGUUUACAUAAUGGAAACUAUGUGUGCAAUCUUGCCUUUGAAAAUUAUACAUUUACCAUGGAGCUUGGCUCCAUGCUUUUAGCAUUCAAAAAGUCAUAGUGGGUGGUGUCCUUGACAUGGGCUUUCCUUUGAAGCAUGCCGGUAAUGCAUAUGAACCUCCGAAACCCUAUCUACUCUUAUCUUUUGUUUUAGAGGGCAACUAAUAUCAUACCUUGUUUUUCACAAUAUUUCAUGUCCAAAAUAAUUAUAGAUAAUUAAAUAAGGAUUGUUUACAUUUGUUUUGACUCUUGAAUAUUUCUAACUUGUCACAGGUCAGCUUAUGCAAACUUGACGGCCAACCUGGCAUUUUAAACACCUCCAAGCCUCAAAUUCUGACAGCUAUGGGGUGUUUAGUCAGCAAGAAGCAUUCCCCACUGAUAGAGACAUCAAGGAAAGUUUUGUCAAGAUUUUUCAUCUGUCAAAGCAGAUUCAACUUGUUAAAACUCAAGUAUCUGUAUUCCAUUUCAUCAGAAAUUGUUGAGAUUUUGAUUUAUUUAUCCAUUUAGGAUAUAUUGAUAUUGCUCAUUCAUUGUUGUGAUAAUGAACUUUGUAACAAAAUUUAUUUGUGAUAAAUUUUAUACUUUGAGAGAAAUUACUGCAAUAUUGCAAGUUUGUUUCUAUAAACAUAGAUGAAUAUAUAUAAAUCAUACUGAGAGACAUGGGUCCUAUUGCACCAAAUAUGUUACUUUUGCACCAAAGAUGUACCUUUGUAUUGGCCUCAUUCAUGCCAAACACAUAAAAAUUAUGAUAACAAAUAUAUUAUACGUCAUUUAUGUUGUAUACUUUGUUUUAAGUGCUGUAAACUAUAAUAAUAAUAUGCAACAUUUUUAGCAAGGCUACCGUGAUCGGGCGCUUGAGCAUUCAAGGAAUUUCUUCCUACCGUAUACCCAUUUACUACACCUUGGUGGAGAGUGGCAAAUGUAGACUAACUUGCCAAAUGAGGCGAGUGCUGUGGUGGAAUUCAAAUCCCGGACCUUUUGGUUCAAGCCCGGUGACUUACCCACCGAGCCACAACACCUCUACAAUUACCCUGGUUUUAGCACGGCUACUCAGAUCUGAUGAUUAAUCAUUCAAGGAAUUCCUCCUACCAGGUACCCUUUUACUACACCUGGGUUGAGAGUGGAAAUGUAGAUAAAUGCCUUACCAAGAUAUGCAAGUGAUGCAGUGGGAUUUGAACCCUGGACCUUAUGGCUCAAACUUCAGUUUAAUAGAGACUUAUCAGCUGAGACACGGCACCUCUAAAAAUUGUUUGUCACUAUACUGUGUGUUGAUAUUGUAUCUGACCUACUUGGUAAGUUGGGUAACAACAGGGCAUAAACUCGUUUUACGUUGCUCUUGCCAGACCAAGGAAUUGCCAUAAACAAAACAAGUAGUCAGACUCUGUCAAUACAUGGCUCCUAGGGCAAAAUAGAGAAUCCAUGCUUACAGGUUGCUAAAUUUUUGCCAUGGUUUUGAGUUCAUUGUGUAUUUGAAUUACUUUACAUAAUAGUGGAUUCCUUAGUUCCAAGUUGCUUCCUCAUUAAUACCAAUUUAAUGCCAAUACCAAACGUAUCAAGUUGAUUAAUCACCCUGUGACAAUGCCAAGAUGGAUACUCUAAAAAUAAAUCUAAAUAUCAAAAAAUGGUUCGACAAGUAUUAUACAUGUGAUUUCAAUGAGAAAAACUGUACAGGACUUUACAAUGUAGGUAUCCCAUUAAUGCAGAAGACAUAAAUAUUGGGGUUUGUGGAAUAGUUAUCAUUAUGAUUUGUUUGAUGAAACAUGAAUGGACAUAACUUUUUUUAUGUUUAUAUUUGUGAUUUGAUGUCACUUAAGUAUUUAUGCAACUUUAUUUGCAAAAUGAUGUUUUGAAUUUUCUAUGAAAGUCAAGUUUUUUUAAAAAGAGAAUAAUUCAAUAUUUA